AUGCAGAUCGCUACCGCAUUCACUGUGCUCGCUUCGUUCGUUGGCCUCUCGCAGGCUUUCGAGAUCAACUUUCCCAACAACAACGGUGGAUACUGGGUGACCAACUACACCAACACCUUGAACUGGAAAGCCAACUCGUCGGAUCCCAGCUACUUUUCGGUGCAGCUUCUGAAUGCCAACAACAGCCAGCUCAACGGUAACUUCCAAAUCGGCAAUGCUCUCUUGACUGCCAACGGUACAUCGCAGAUCUUCAUCGACCGCAUCCCCAGCGGCACGUACACUUUGCUGCUUGUCAACAGCAGCAACUACGAGCUCGAUCACACGCAAGUGUACUACACUUCCAACUCAUUCGAGAUAAAGCCCAACGGCACUCAGCCUGCGGAGGUGACGGCCAACACCAACGCCGACCCCAGCAGCUCGUCGACCACGGCGGCGACCGGAUCGGCCAGCGCGACGCUCUCCAGCGCCUCGAGCACCGGCACCAGCGGCAGCAACGGCAAGAACAACAGCGCCUCGGGGUUGACCAAGGGCAGCACCGCCGCUGUUGUUGGAACCGUGGCUUCGGUUGUGUUUGGCCUUGGUGUGGGUCUGCUUGCCUAA